AUGAGAGUACUGCUACUACUAUUCUUGUAUGUGUUUGGUGUUAUAGCUGACGUGUCGAUUGUAUCGCCUGAAGGUGGUGAGACCAUUACUGCUUCCGGUGGUAAAGUCACUUUUAAUGUUAAAUGGGAAGAUGACGAUGCUAAUCCUCCACUAUCAGAAGUUAUAUCGUACAAGUUCUUGCUAUGUACCGGUACUGACGAUGAUAUCGUGGGUGUCAAGGAGCUAGGCCCUGUGAAGGCAUCAGAUAUUAGUGGAAAUUCGUAUAAUGCCGUUUUCUCAGAGGAUGUUGCACCAGAAGGAACUUAUUUCAUUCAAGUGUUUGCAAAUUUCCCAGAUGACGGGUUUACCAUCCACUAUUCUGGCCGUGUGAAACUUAAAGGUGUAGACGGGACACUCACUACAAAGGUCCCCACAGUUACCGAUACCGCAGGUCCACCACCACAGAUCAACGUUGCUGCGGCCUCUAUCAACUCUGCAUCCUUCUCAAUCCCAUACACCAAACAAACCGGUAUCUCGAGAUUCGCUCCAAUGCAACUACAACCUGGAUCCACUGUGACCAUGCGGACAUGGUCCAGGAAAUACCCAACGAGUUCGAUAUCAUAUUAUGCAACCCUUCUGAACAGUUUGCAACAAAAGACUACCAUCACCCCGGGCUGGUCAUACAUAAUAACUUCGGAUUUCAAUUAUGCUACCCCGGCUGCCUUCCCAAGUGACAACGGUGGAUGGUACGAUCCAAAGAAGAGACAGACAAUGAGUGUCAGAAAGUUGAACGUUAAGAGAGCGCUGGCGACACGUGCAUCACCAACUGCAACUGCAACUGCAGCUUAG